AUGUUGUCGGACGGGGUCGAUGUGGCGGGAGUUGGACAAAGCCUUUGGAACUGGUUUCGCUUCCUGUACGUCUCGGAUGUCCUGCGGCUUCCUGCCCGCACGACGCCACGCAACGGGUUAAAUGUAGCUAGGGCUGGUCAGACGUUAAAUCUCAAGAGUGACCAAAAAUUGUGUCGGUCACUUGAAAUAACAAAAUGGACUGGACCUACUGGUCAGAGAUGUAUAGGACGACGAAAGAAAAGAUGGACAGUUGAUGUUACAGAACUAGCGGGGACAAACUGGAAAAAUGUUGCUCAAGACAAAGAGGAGAAAUGGAAAAUUAUGGAGGAGGGUUUUACCCUAAAAGGGGCAAUACAAAUACCAUACCACUAA